GGAAAUAAAAGCUCAAAAAGGAAAAACUGUUUGUUAUAAAAGGCACCUCCACCCGCUGUGCGACAAUGGACUCGCCCCUCUUGUUUUCUCUGGAAGUCUCUCCAAAGCCCUAAGACGAGGUUCCGGGGUAUUGGACUCUCGAUCUCGGUAAUCGGAUCAACGGAGUAAGCCCUAAUUCCAGUUGAUUCAAAAGCCGAAGGAAAAUGGUGGUCAUCGUGCCGGAAGCGGAAGGGGGAGAGAGCAAAGAAGCGCCGGAGAGCCGGCCGGAGCCGAGAGGUCCGGAGGCUUCGGUUGCGCCAACCGAGGAAAAAGCCGACAGCGAGGACGAAACUUUUGAGGACGCUUUAACCGAUGAGCAGUUGAAAGAGAGAUCUCUAAAUCAGGCAAAUGAUGCGAAAGAAGAAGGAAAUAAACUCUUUAAGGCUGGGAAGUAUGGAGAUGCCCUAUUGCAAUAUGAACUUGCAUUGCAAAUUGCUUCUGAAGUGCCUUCUUCUGAAGUCUGUUCGAUAUGUCAUGCAAACCGUGCUGUAUGCUUCUUGAAAUUGGAAAAGUUCAAUGACACUAUCAAGGAAUGCACAAAGGCAUUGGAGUUGAAUCCUUCGUAUAUAAAAGCACUAAUCAGAAGAGCAGAGGCACAUGAAAAGGUUGAACACUAUGAAGAGGCUGUUGCAGACUGGAAAAAGAUUGUUGAUUUGGAUCCUUCAAAUGACCAAGCUAGAAGGAACAUAAGGCGGUUAGAGCCAAUUGCAGCAGAAAAGCGAGAGAAGAUGAAGGAAGAGAUGAUUGGAAAGUUGAAGGAGAUGGGAAAUUCUAUAUUAGGACGUUUUGGAAUGAGCGUCGAUAACUUCAAAGCUGUGAAAGAUCCAAAUACUGGUUCAUACUCCAUCCAGUUUCAGCGCUAGUCAAAUAGAAGUUGGUAGCAAGAAAAUAUACGAAAAAAAAAAAGGAUGUAUAUUGUUCUUAUCAUUUGCUUCAUGAAUUUGGAUGUCUGGUCCAAGGUAGUUUGUGGCUGCUUGUUCUUGAUAUUAAAGUGGGAAGUAGUUCUGGAUGAGGCAGUUUUUUCUUGUGUUAAGCAGUGGUUUUCAUCAAGAUGAGAUUGGUCUUUUGAUCGGAUGAAUAACAAUCGUCUUUGACGGAACAGAUUGUAUGAUAUGAAAUGGUUCAAAAUCC